AUGACUAAGCUAACCUUGACAUAUUUCAAGAAGUCAAGUGUUUCCACAGCAACUGAGAAUGGUUUUUUGAGUGGUUGUUGGACUUUGAAUACUGUUUUUGGAAGACCAAAUGCAAAGCCAAGUGUAGUGACUUCGAGUGGGACAAUAAUUCUCAAUAUAUCAAUUGAUGAAAGUGAAUAUAUGUCUCUUUUUCAUCCUCCUGAAGGGUUAAUAUCUUUCCACAAUCCGUACCAAAUUGUCAAUCCUCACAUUGCAGGCUUCACUUUAUCUACUGAAAAUCAACGACAUACUUUUCAUUUAAAGAAGGUGGUGAAGAAACUUCUUCCAUAUCCAUAUGACACAAAUUGCAUUGAUUACAUGUCCAGAUGGAAAGAAAGAGGAGGAAAGGGACCAAUGAAUAAUGUAGAAUGCUAUAUCGAAUGCCAAUUAAAUAUUAGCCUAAAAGAAAUUGGUUGCCUUCAUAAUAGGAUAAAACGAUAUUCAAUGGAAAGCACCAUGUGUCCUUUUGUCGACUAUAGUACGUAA